AUGGAAGAUACAUUCGUCACCUCAGUUCUGGAUUUGUAUCAAAAGGGCGAUUGGAAAAAUAUUGUGGAAACCUAUAAUAAGUACCCGGGGAGGAACAAGCUGCUCUGGGUCUUCCCUAGCGAAGAAAAUUUUGUUUUUAUCAGAAAAACUUUAAAAAUGCUUUCAUGUGAUCGCGUACUUAGUAUUGGAUGUGGCAGCGGACUUCUAGAAUGGAUGAUUUUUAAAGCAACAGAUAUUCCUGUAUCGGGGAUAGAAGUAGAUGGAACAUGGUGGAAGUGUAAAUAUGCCCCGCCCACAUUUAUUGACCUCUUUAUCACUUCGCCCGAGUUAGACAAGGACAAAACCACGAUUCGUGUCCUAACCAACUGCAAUAAAACUGCCAUACUCUUUUGUUAUUUCAACGAUGGUGUUGCGUUUAAGAGUUAUUUGAAAUAUUUUUCUGGCACAGUUUUGAUUAUAAUUGGUCCAAAUAAAGAGGGCGUGCAUACCAGUCCUAAGCCUUUCGGAGAUGUUAGCGAAGAAUGGACAUUAUACGCUUCGCAAGAAGUACGCGAUAGUUCUGAUUUUAUUGCUAUUUAUUGUAAAAGUGAUAAGUAA